AUGCUGCUGUUGUCGCUGGCCCUCGUGGCCCUCAUCUCCCUUAUCGUCUACCGAAUCUACUUCCACCCUCUCGCUCAUAUCCCCGGUCCGCCAUGGGCCAAGGUCACCUAUCUCUAUGAAUGGUACUACGAUCUGUAUCGAAGUGGCCAGUUCACCUUCCAGCUUCGGGCCCUACAUCGCAAAUAUGGUACGGUACCAACCCUACCCAUAUUCGGUCUUCCCGAACCGAUCUCACGUCCUUUUUUCCCUUCAGGCCCCGUCAUUCGCAUCAACCCCGAUGAAGUGCACAUCGAAGACCCCGAUUUCUUUGACCAGGUCUUCAACCAGACCAAUGGCCGCGCGGAAAAGCCCCAGCGGGUCGCGGAAGCUUUUGGGCCCUACCCGGCGCGCGCUAAAUCCUUUUUCUCCAAGAAAUCCGUCACUGACCUCGUUCCAGUCAUGUGGCGUCCCAUUGAGACUCUGCGAGAGCGUCUGCGCCAUGCGGCUCAGACGGGUGACGUGCUGAAUAUGAAGUACCUCUACGCCGCGGUGACCUUGGAUAUCAUCAACACCUACUGCUUUGCCCAUGAGCCCCACAACGUGCGCCAGCCCGACUUCGGUCGCAAGGGCUUUGACGAUGUGGAUAGUUUUCUGGAGGUCAGCUUGCUGAAUAUCCAUAUUCCGUGGGCGAUGCGCUUCACAUAUUCAUUGCCGGACCGUGUCAACAAGAUCCUAGCCCCGGCAAUGGCGGACAUUUUGGAUUUUCGUCGGGAUCUGUCUCGGCAGGUGGAGGCCAUCCGGCAUGGUGAAGAUACGGCCCACGAGAAAGCCGGCCAUCGAACCGUCUUCCAUGAGCUGCUGAACAGCAAGCUCCCUCCGGACGAGCUGCGGCGGGAUAGGCUGCGCGAUGAAGCCUUCAGCUUGGUGACGGCGGGUUCCGGGACAACAGCAUAUGUACUGCGUGGGACCGCAUAUCACAUUGCCGCCAACCCAACCGUGCGACAACGGCUGCAUGACGAGCUCGUGGCCGCCAUCCCAGACCCUCAGCACUUUCCCUCCCUAACCACACUCGAACAACUCCCCUACUUGACAGCCGUGGUCCAGGAGGGUCUGCGCCUAUGCGACCCGGUCACCCAUCGAAUUAGUCGCCAAUUCCCCGACCGGCCGCUUCAAUGCCACGGGAUCUUCAUUCCCGCAAACACCAUCGUUGGCAUGACGGCCAUGCUCACCCAUCUCAACGACACUAUCUUCCCGGAGCCUCGCGUCUUCCGGCCCGAGCGUUGGCUAGGACCCGACGGCAAGCAGCUGGAACGAUACCUGGUUCCGUUCAAUCGGGGCACUCGCUCUUGCCUGGGGAUGAAUCUGGCCCGGGCCGAGCUGGUUCUGAUUCUGGCGGCCGUUUUCCGGCAGUUCGAUUUUGAUGUCUCCGCCGUGCGGCGCGAUCGUGAUAUUGACGUGAGCCGCGACUAUAUUCUGGGAGCACAGGCGCGCGACACGCCAGGUAUUCUUGUGACGGUGAAGGAGUGUUAA